ACCUAAUAAUAAGUCGGCGCCCGGCACCACGUGUCUCGCUGGAAGAAUUCUUGGCGGCUCUGCCCACACUUUUUGCGGCUCUGCCCACACUUCUUUGCGCCGGGCCUCGCUGCCUGGCCCUGGCCUCAUUCGCUGGCCCUGGCUCGCGCCGGGCCCAGCGCCUGCAGACCAGUGGCCCCAAUCUUUCACUCGCCCGCGCGCGCGGCCCCAGGCAGGCCGGGCCAUAACGGCGUUUUCUCCACAACUAAGAAACAACAGCCCACUCCUCCCGCCCCAGCACACAAUGCUAGCACCUGCUGGCCUGAACGGCACGCCCGCCCAGUCUGGCGCCGCGGCUCUGGGACGACGCCCGCGGGCCUCGCUGGCCAGCCGCCGCCGCCCGCUGAAUGCCGGUGAUGAGCCCUCCAGUAAACGAGCCAAACCCGAGCCCAACGGCCCUCCGCAAGACCCACGCCUUCGCCCGGCCAGCCAGGAGGACAGCCUCGUGCACGUGAUCUCGGACUUCAGCAUUGCCGUCAACGAGUUGUUCCAGUUGAAGGAGUACGCCUCCCUUGUGGAAUGGGCCCCCAUGGACUUCUCGCGUGCCGACGGCUCCGAUGUGCCCGAGAUCUUCGACUUCUUUGUCAGGGCCAACCGCUACCUGCUAGUGUGGGACGAGCACCUGUUGGAGAACAUGGGCGACCUCCCCCUCCGCUUGCAAAAAAAGAGGCUUCAGGAACGCGAGGUCAUGCUCCGAAAGAAGUAUCCUUUCAUGGACGACGUGCUCCGACGCAGCAUGCAGCGGGAGUCCGAGCUCCUCGCUGCUCAGAAAAUCCCUCAUGCCCGCCUGCCUUUGCCGGCCCCGCGAGCUGGGAAGACAAAGCCAGAACCGAGGCCCAACGGCACUUUAUCUGCUAGAUCAGCACGCCAGCGCCCAGUCUCUCGCUCGCAUCCCAAGCCACAGCCCGCAGAAACACCAUCGCCGCAGGCUCUGGGCCAGAGUGACCUGGAUGUCAAGGACGAGUUCCUGGACUACGACUUCUCCAACAUAGACACCAACUACAAGUUGCGCUCCGUCAAGUACUCGAUUCCUCCUCCAGUGGUCACCCACCCUUCGCAUAUUCCCUCAUGGCGCCCGCUUCAAGGCGACGCGGGUCUCAGGGCCUCUGGUCUGGACUCGGAUCCGAUACUCGCAUACCACCCCGACCCGCUUCAGGUGUUGUCAACCAAGGACUGGACGCUACACAUGCCCCAGAUCGAGUCCAAAAUCUCCAAAUUCCUCCAGACAAAGUACAAAGCCGCGCUCAUUGAUGAUGGUGGCGUGGAGGUGGCCAACACGCCCGCGGAAUACGAAGCCACCUUGAAACAGCAGACUCAUCUACUCAAACGUUUGUACGAGAAAGUCAUGGUCGAAGAAAGGUUCGAACUCAAUGGAGACAAGGUGGAACGCCGCAAAAUCAUGCUUCCUACCAGUUCAGCAAAGCACACCCUGGACUUUUUCAGGGACACCGGCUCCAUCGUCCCUAAAAUACAGGGCGCAGCCAAUGACCAAACAUUCCAUGACCACCUUGUUGCCCAGGGCAUGGCGUACUCCAAAAUCCGCCAAGGCAUGAGAAAACAACAUCAAGCAAGAACAAGAAGAAUCGCGCAAAUAGUAGAACAGCAUUUCAGGAAAAAGGCUGGUGAGAAAGAACGGUUGGCCCGCGAGAGGGAACAAAACCUAAAGCGCUUGAGCAGACUUGCCAUCCAAUCUGUGAGAAAAAGAUGGUCCCAAGCUAACAGAGUCUACCGCUUCCUACAACACGAAAAGGAGGAAGAACUUAAGCAGAUCGAGGGCCGCGAACACUUGAGUAAGAUGCUAGAGCAUUCGACGCAGCUUCUAGAGGCUCAGUUAAACAGGUCUUCCAGAGAAAACACCGAACCGGAUACAUCAAAUGUGGAAUCUAACAGUGAGAGUUCGAGCUCUACCGGCUCUGAUCAGCUUUCAUCUUCAGACUCUGAAAAUGAUGAUGAUGGGGAUGUUGCAGUCAAUAAGCAAGAAAAGCUCGAUAGUGAAUUGAGCGUUGCUGAAUUACGCAAGAAGUAUUCAAACAUGGAAGAUUCUCCCGUGACCCCUUCUGACCAUACACACGGUAAUGAAGACUCUGAUUCGGACUCUGACUCGGCAAAUGAAGGAGACGGUGGACUUGCGUCUCUUUACGGGAAUAAUCAUAUGGUCAGUACUGACAAUCUCACAACGGAGUACAAUGAAGACCAAAUUAAAUUGAUCAAGUCUUUGUCUGGGAAGACCGAAAACGAGGUUCUUGACUCCGAUGAUUUCAGCGACUCUAUGGAAGAAGACGACAUGAGUUCCUCGGACGAAGGUUCGGAAAGUGAAAAUGAAGAGCGCGCUGACUGUGAUGAUGAAAACGCGACCCAUCAUAAAACCGAUGAAACAGAUCUCGGUAAUAAGACCUCGGAAAGCUUCGAAGCACAGCCUGAACUUUGUACUGACACCUCCAAGGACCAUAAUGUCGAUGAUGAUGAGAAUGUGGAGGAAAUUAAUGGAUUCAAGGUGAAGGAUGUUCCAAUCCCAUCGUUGUUGCGUGGAGUAUUAAGGCCAUAUCAGAAACAAGGCUUGAACUGGCUUGCCAGCUUAUACAAUAAUAACACCAAUGGUAUCCUUGCAGAUGAAAUGGGUUUGGGUAAAACAAUUCAGACAAUUUCGCUCUUGUCAUACCUUGCUUGCGAGCACCACAUUUGGGGUCCUCAUCUUAUCAUCGUACCAACAUCUGUGAUGCUUAAUUGGGAGAUGGAGUUCAAAAAGUUUGCUCCCGGAUUCAAAGUGCUUACAUACUAUGGUUCCCCCCAAGAAAGAGCGAGGAAAAGAAAAGGGUGGAAUAAGCAAGAUGCCUUUCAUGUUUGCAUAACAUCUUAUCAGUUGGUUGUGCAUGAUCACUCAUCUUUCAAGAGAAAAAGAUGGAGGUACAUGAUUUUGGAUGAAGCUCAUAAUAUCAAAAAUUUCAGAUCUACUAGAUGGAAGGCUUUGUUGAACUUUAACACUGAAAAUCGUCUUUUACUCACAGGUACGCCUUUGCAGAACAAUCUCAUGGAGUUGUGGUCCUUGUUGUACUUUCUUAUGCCUUCUUCGAAAGUUGAGCAAAUGAUGCCCGAAGGUUUCGCUAAUUUCGAAGAUUUCCAACAGUGGUUUGGAAAACCUGUUGAUAAAAUCUUAGAAAAGACUGCUACAGGAGAUGUUAUUGAUGAGAACGUUACGAGCAAACUCGACAAAGAAACAAAGGAUACAGUUUCUCGCUUGCAUCAAGUUUUACGCCCAUAUUUGCUUCGAAGACUCAAAAAGGAUGUUGAAAAACAAAUGCCAGGCAAGUAUGAGCACAUCAUCUACUGCCGUUUAUCAAAAAGGCAAAGGUAUCUUUAUGAUGACUUUAUGUCACGAGCCAAGACCAAAGAAACUUUGGCCUCAGGAAACUUUUUGUCGAUUAUCAACUGCUUGAUGCAGUUGAGGAAAGUUUGCAAUCAUCCUGAUUUAUUUGAGGUACGUCCAAUUGUUACAUCAUUUGCUAUGCCGAACACUGUUACGAGAGGCUACAAUGCGACUAAAGACGUUAUCGCCAAACUUCUCACGAAAGACGAAAACCCUACUGUCCCUUUACCGGUCAUCAACGCUGAUAUCACAAAUAUGGAAGAUAUGAACUAUUUUGCGUCUGAAGCUACCAGCAGAUUGAUGUCUAACAAAGAAUUAGAGAGUCAGAUUCAGAUUUUGGAUGAAAUCAUUGAAAAGGGAAAAAACGGGAAAUCUGAGUCAGACAGCCAAGCUUUAGCCGAUAUUGUCCAGGUGAAUAGAUUGUUAAAGCUUGAAAAACAGCUGCAACUUCGCGAACGGUUAAAGCAAAGUAUUUAUCUUAAUACUUUGAGAUGCCAAAGGAGACCUCUUUAUGGACAUUCACUUCUAGAUUUUGUAAAAAAAGCUAGUGAGAGACCAUUACGAUGUGAAACUUUGGAUAAUAUGAUUUUGGACAUUCCAAAGCGUCAGGCGCAUAUGCAAGAUACUGUUAACAAAUACGCUGUCAUCACACCAACUGUUGUCGCUUUGGAUAUGAAAGAUCAAAUUAUACCCAUCGACACGCAGUAUAAAGUGCGUGAUGCAGUGCAGCAAAAGCAGAUCGAUAAUCCCUUUCACCAAGCGCAGGUGAAGCUUUCAAUUGCGUUCCCGGAUAAACAGCUACUUCAAUAUGACUGUGGUAAACUUCAGAAGCUAGCGACUUUAUUGCAAGACCUUGUUCCAAAUGGCCACCGCGCCCUUAUUUUCACGCAAAUGACAAAGGUUUUGGACAUUCUCGAACAGUUCCUCAAUAUUCAUGGCUAUAGAUAUAUGAGAUUGGACGGAGCCACAAAGAUUGAGGAUAGACAAUUGCUCACAGAAAAGUUUAAUCGCGAUCCAAAAAUUCCAGUUUUCAUAUUAUCCACAAGAUCAGGUGGUCUAGGUAUCAAUUUAACUGGUGCGGAUACGGUCAUUUUCUAUGAUUCUGAUUGGAACCCUGCCAUGGAUAAACAAUGCCAGGAUCGUUGCCAUAGAAUUGGUCAGCUGCGGGAUGUACACAUAUACCGAUUUGUGUCCGAGUACACCAUCGAGUCGAACAUUUUGAAAAAGGCAAAUCAGAAGAGACAAUUGGAUAAUGUCGUGAUUCAGGAAGGUGAUUUUACUACAGAUUAUCUUGGGAAGUUUUCCGUCCGCGACUUGGUCAAUGAUACCAGCAUAAUAAGCGAACUACCCGACAAGCCAAUUGGCGAAAAUACCAAUAUGGAAUUGUUGGCUCAGGCAGAAGAUGAAGCCGAUAGAAAUGCAGCGAAGGAAGCAAUGAAAGAAGUCGCAGUCGAUGAUGAGGAUUUCACUGAGGAAAGUAAACAGGGAACACCUGCACCAGGAACUGUUCCCGAAGACUCAGAAGUUGUUGAUGAUGACUACGAAGAAGGAGUGGGACAUAUUGACGAGUAUAUGCUCCGUUGUAUCGCGGAUGGCUACUACGUUGAGUAAGGGACUAAACUUGAAGCUCGCCAAAGAACUAACACAAUUUGAAGACACUGCAAAGUGGCCAAUGCAAAAGCUAAGGUAUGAUUAGUACGUCUAUGCGAGACGAAUAGAAUAACACAUAUUUUCUAGAAAUAAGAGAUACAGUUACAUGACAUGUCCCACUGUAAGGCACUCUCUGGCAGUGGUGUCAGAGAAAAAAUAAAACUGUAUUUGAGUCGUUACAAAUUUAUUUUAAUUUCUCAUAUGUUC